AUGGCUCAUAAGAUCAACGUCUCAGUCGCGUCACUUCAACCGUCGCAGUUUGAAGGGUGGGCCACGAAGCAAGGUGGUUCCUGGAAAUCAUGGAAACGUCGUUGGUUUGUAAUUAAAGACAAAAAGAUGUGGUACUUUUCUGGUAAGAAUGAUACCGAAGCUAAGGGGUGGAUUGAUUUAACACCAGGGACCGAAGUGAAAGACAAGACAGAACCCGGUCAAAAGAAGAAAUUUUCCUUUGCUAUUAACUCGCGCGGUGUGAAGGGUGAACGAGAGUUUUUGAUCUUUGUCGAAUCAGAAACAGACUUGAAAGGGUUUUUAAAGGCCAUUAACCAAGUGUUAUCUAGUGACAAAAAAUCUGCUGGUGCCGCCGCGUCGUCUGUCCCUAAAGUGAAUAACGUCAUUCCGCCUUCACAACCAGUCUCGCAAGUCCAAGCUCCUCCUCCUUUAACUCAACCUUAUGUCCCAGAACAAACACUCGAAGCUCAACCACCUAUCCCACAAGUCCCUGUCGAUAUCCCUCAACCCCCUGUAGUCUCUACAGCUCCUGUUGCAUCACCAGUUGUUGCUCAAAAGAGUUGUGCGUUGAAUUAUCCAAAUAACAUAUCAAAGCGCACUGCAUCCGAUGGAAUUAACAUUGCAAAGGACAUGUCACAGUGGCUCAAAAAUAAUCAACCGGAAGGUAUUAAGGACUUCUUGAACAUCUGGAAAGAUUCAUUGCCCGUGUCUACUGACAUCAUUGCAGGCGAGUUUGCAACAAUCACACUAUGCGUCUCUGCAGAUACACACAAGAUGUCGUGGAGAGUGAACGGCCCUCAGAGUGGAAUGAUCCAGAAGAUGGUUGACUUCUUCUGGAAUGUCGGAGCUCCCGAGAAUGAAAUUGACCGUUUGAACGACUUAGGAGCGGAGAUCAAUCCAAAUGUCAUAGGGUCGUGGAUUGAUAUGAGUCAAGAUGGUGGAAUGGAUGGAGGAUGGUUCUUCCCAGUCGACAUAGCGCUUGGAACUGCAAAGAGUGCGGGAGAUGUUGGAGAAGGGAAAGAAGGGAAUAAUUCUGCAUUAGACGUCUUUGUGAAAUGGGCCGAACAACAUGGGAUUAAUAUGGUCAUUUCUGUUGGAAGAGAUAUGGGAGCUACUCCACCUCGACAAACCGAUUUCAAAUUCAAAAUUGUUGGACCGAACCAAGUCAAGUUAAGUAUUGUUAAAGAAGCCGGUGAUGCUUUUGGGUUCCCGAAAAUCCCACAAACACUCGAAGAUAUCAUCCUUGGCUUGGAUAAUUCAAUCACAGAAAUAUCACUUUCCGUCGUUACUUCUACUGACGGAUUCGUCAAAUUUGGAGUCAUUAUACCUACUCCGACUGUGUACGCCGUUGCGGAUAUGCUUCAGAUAGUCCCAGAGGCUGACCUCGCUAAACACCAGUUCUACCUCAACUCAUUUGGACAACCGAGUGCCAUCGAAUACGCUUACUUGAACAAGGGAUUCGGGUUCGAGGUGUAUAAGGAGGGUGUUGAUGUCCAUGUGUACUACACGCUUGGCGAUGUUUCAGCUUAA